AUUGACGUGGUACAGGCGUGCGCGUUAUUGGCUCGGACUGAAGAGAAUGAGAGCGCUCCUCCACCUGCGCGCACACGUGUGGGCGUGACAGGCAAUCCGUGCACGAGUGUGCCAGUUUUGAGUCCUUUUCCCGCGCCCGCGUGGGACUCCACUGGACUUGGACUUCAACCUUCGCCACAUAGUUCGGAUAUCGGAACCAUUUUUGCCUUCACUUAAGAAGAAGGCAACACGCGUGCUGCAGCACUUCCUCCCGUGGAUUGUGACGUGCUGACGUGGUGUUGCUCAAUGGCACUAAAGUAGACUUUUCUAGACAUAUCUAUAUCUGUGGGAUCCAAAUGAAUUGGCUUCUGGGACGGCAGAAGAAAAACGAAGAAGAAGUGGUCAGCAGCUGUCCGUGUAUGGGCUUGUCGCCCCACGCCACCAUGUUGAGCUGCGUGGGCUGCUUCUGGGUGCUUCUCUCAUCAGUCCUGGUCGCCGUCUGCAGUUUCAGUUUCAUUUCUCCUGCCUGGAUUGUGAAGGAGCAGCUGAGGAACAACAACAACCACCAUCAUCCUCCUCUUCAUCAUCACUCCAACAAGGACUCCGUGAGCCUGGGCUUGCUGUGGCACUGCUCCGAGUCCGUGGACCACAUGUACCGCUGUUACACCUUCGGAGGGCUGGGCAAAUUUGCAGAGAUCCCAUCCAGUUCUUGGCAGACCAGUGCGGUGCUGUGCUCGGGAGGGUGCGCUCUGCUCGCUGUCAGUUCCCUGUUGGCCAUCAUCACCAUCUUCCUGCCCGGCGGAGGAUGUGAGAGGAGGAUCUGCACCCUGGCUGGAUACAUGCAGAUGGCUGCAGUGUUUAUUAUGGCCGCAGGACUGCUGGUGUACCCCUUUGGGCUCAACUCUUCACUCGUCAGAUCUUUUUGUGGAAACUCUGACAUCUACAAUGCCGGCGAGUGCCAAAUCGGAUGGGGAUAUAUGUUGGCCAUUGUUGGAGUUAUGCUUACUGUCUUUUUGCCCUUUUUUGCCAAAUAUGCACCAAAGGAGCAGCUAUCUCCCACCCCUUUGCCCACCAUUUUAUAGUCUAUUACCGUCCUCUGAACUGGUUUUAAUUGAUAGAACCUUGGAUUUUUCAAAUAUGAUGCUGUCUCGGAAUCAUGUGAUCAUCGUCUUUCUACAGUACUGUACGUCAUUUAGGUGAAAAGACCUCAGUCAGGUUUAAUCUAAACUGAUAAACUAAUAAUUUUCCUGGAGGUGCUGUUGAAAAAGGAAAAGUAUUUUUGAAGUGAUACAAUUCUCGACAUUUACCGUAUUUCACUUCUCUGCUAAACAAUUCCAAGAAUGGAAAUUGUGUGAUCAAAGACGCUGCAGAUGUUUUUUUUACUGAAUCAUUCCAUUAUUCAGCAUAGAUGUGCCGAGUAACAUCAGACAUUUAUUGACAGUUUUUGUUUUAAACUGGGAGACAUUGACCUGACGCGGUCCAACUGUAAAUAUGAAAGUUGAAGCUGAAAAGUUUCUACAAAUGACUUAAAAGAAUUCAUGAGGAGCGUUUGAAAGAGUCCACUAUUUGUUGGGUUUUGGUGUGUCUUCUUUAAAUGAUCAUAAUUAACACAGUAAGUGGUGAGUGGUAGGCCUCGUGUCCAAAAUGUCAACUUUUCCUCUUUGAAUUAUUUGUGUGUACAUUGCUUGUUAAGUGUAAGUAUUUUUCUCUUGUAUACAGCAAAUAAUACAUCAGGACAAACAUGACUCCAGAAGGCAGGGAGAUAUUGUUGGGAUUCUGUCCAAUUGCAUGAGAAAUUUGUAAAUGGGGAACAACAGCUCUAUAUUUAAAUGUGAUGUGACCAACCUGUGCCUUUAAAUAUAACAAAGAUGGGUGUUACAUACAAUUAUCAGGUUGCUGUUCCAGCUAUUUUCUCAUUCUAAAGUGAGUCCAAUUUUCUGAGGAUUUUUUCCUUCCAUUUUUUCCAUACCUUAUGCAGUAUGAUCUUAUUAACAUGGGAAAAUGAUUAUAGAAAAAACACUUUUUAAUCCUGUUUCAUAAUUACUUGGAACCACAAGAAGCAAGCAAACUACUAAUUACAGCGUGACACUUUCCAGUUAAUCUAAGCCUUCUGGCACCUUUGUUCUAUUUGAUUAACAAUCCAAGUGGUGGACAAAUUAUUAAAUUUAAAAAUCUUAUCUGUGCUGACACAUUAUACUUAUGUAAAAAAGGGGUCAAAUAAGGCAUUAUCUUCAGCACCCCACUUGUCUUUGUCAAAUUGCUGCUAUGUCCCAGAAGACAAUGCUACUUUACUGUCCUUGCACACUGCCAGUGUAACUCAGUCCCUGCUUUUUUUCUGUUUCGUCCAGGACUCAAACCUGGGUCGCCGGCAUUAGAGACGGGCGUGCUAGCUUCUGAGAUAAAAGCCCAAGCUAUAAGCCCAAGCUAUAAGCCCGUUAGCCAGUACUGCUUUUGACGUUGUCAGCGUGAAGUUUACUAACGUACAUAUGGCCCAGCCACACUUGCAGACCUCUUUUACACUAGUUCAUCAAUGUAAACAUUGUUUUAAUGUGUUCAUAUUUUUUUAAAUUGCUUUAACUUCUAACAUUUGUGAUCCUGUACCUAUACAGACCCUCUAAAAAAUGAUGUGCAGCCUUGCAGCUUAAUCCAACUUUCACACACAUUUUGGCCAAUCAUCAUUUCCACCAAUCAAAUUUAUGACUGAGCAGCACUCAGAAGCGCACGUCAUCAAUUCCAUCCUUGCAACAGCUUGCAUUGCCCACCCAUGUCCUCCCUUCCUUAUUUAUAUUGACCUCAAUGACAAAAUAUAGAGGUUACUAUCAUAUGUUCAUCUUAUUGUGGGCUUUAUAUAGUCACUAGUGUGGACUGUAAAACCAGUCAUGAAAUGUCCUGCUACAGAACCUAAAUUGAUAUUUCUCAAGCAAUUCGGACAUUGCUUGAAUUUAAGCUUUCUAUUCACAAAGCUUAAAUUCAAGUCAGUGUCAUUAAUAUAGUGCUUAAGCAUCAUUAAUAUAGUGCUUAAAUCAUCUUGUAUUAUUGUUUAUCUCAGUGCAUUUUCAUAUAGAGCAGGUCUACACAUAUUCUUCAUGAUGUUAAAUCUAAUAAUGUUCUCUCAAUGAACAACCUUACCAGUUUACUCAGGCCAAUCUGGAAUUGACCAGAUCUCUACUGAUUGGUCACUGCGGGCCUGGUCACACAUGACGCACACACAUUAAUUAUGCUUCAAAAAAUGGUGAUGUUAAUGAAAAUUAGCCUUUACUUGUUAUUACCACGUUCACUUUGACGGUCCUAUGCCAAAUAAAUAUACAUAACUUAAUUAGUGUCUCACAACUACCAAUAACACUUUAAAACAUUGAUUAUGAACUUGUAUAAAUCACAAACUGAUGCAAUGUUAUUAUCAGCCAGAAAAAAUUGCAACUUUUGGCACACAUUUGUGCAAAAGCUGCUGCAAAAUCAGGCAUUAGGGCAUAGCCAUCCAAAAAAAAUAAAUCCUGGGGAGUCUAGUCUGCCUGCAAUGCCAUACCAAGAAAUGAUUACCAAAUGGGGUUGCCAUAUUCAAAAAAGGUUUGGGAAAGAAACACUUGUACCUCAUACUGUGUGACUGGUGUUAUCCCUUUCUUGUCGAAACCACUGUAAUUGAAGUCACAGCACUGGUGUUUUGAUAGAUUAGACUUAUUGUUAGUGUUUUUGCUCAUUGUGAUGUUUGGCUGUAAAUAAAAUGACUGUACUUGAUGUCAUGUCAGUCGUACCUGCCUGUGUUUGAAAGCUGUAUUUUGAAAGAUGACCUCAUCGUGGUUGCUUUAUCACAAAUAAACUCUAAACAUUC